AUGGAUGAAACAAAAUUACCCCUCAUUCAUAUUCUGCUCCUAAUCACUGUUCUUGCUCGUCUCCUAACUGCCAUCAUUGUAACCAAUCUGCCACAUCUGGUGCAAAAUACCAUUUCUCUACUGUGGUUACAGAGUCAGCUAGAAAUGCAAGCCUCCAUUCUAUUCAUCCCUCUGACCCACACUGCCCUCUCCAACUUAAUGCCAACAUUGAUUGGAAUGCAGACACAGGAUAAUACCUCUGAUUUGUAA